UUCUCAAACAAACUUCGUCCGUGAUCACCAACCAAAAAAACCAAAAAAACAAAACACAGAACCCGUAUUUAUCUCCAGAUUCUUCCACGUAUCCAUCCGUGUGCGCGCAGAUCCACCUAAAAAAAACCCCGUUACGCGUCAUCCGGGUGGGACACGGAACACGACAACUGCCGCGUUUCUUCUCCAACCAUGCAGAGAUUCUGACCUCAGUGCAGCUGCUCACUCUAAAGUAACAGGACUGACAGAAUGCGCUCCGGUGUGGACGGACAGCCGAGCCACGGCAGAGAGGCCACUCCCACUAACAUCAACACCACCACCAACAACAACAGCGGUAGAAACUCCGGUUCCCAGUAUGCAUUGUGCGCGCUGGGCGUCGGCCUCAUUGCUCUUGGUAUUGUGAUGAUCGUGUGGAGCGUGGUACCUGCAGACGCCGCCGGUAACAGCAGCAGCAGCGGGUCGGGAGGAGGAGAGAGUGAUAUUGUACGGAAAAGUAAAGCGUCGUCGGUGGCGUUCGUCCUGGUGGGCGCCGGCGUGGUGAUGCUGCUGCUCUCCAUGUGUCUGGGGAUGAGAAACAAACAGCGGGAGCUCCAGAUGUUACAGGUGGAACAGAACAACAGAGCGGCAGCAGCUGAGCAGCAGGAAAGAGCAACUGCCGAGGAAGAAGCCCAGAGGUACGCCGUUCCCUCGUAUGAAGAGGCCGUAGGCAGCGGUCAGUAUCCGGUCCGUCAGAGCAACCUCCGUCCCAGUGUCUCCCAGCUGCCAUCCUACGAUGACCUGGUUCAAGUCGACGGAGUUCAAUAUGAAUCUGAAGGAUCGGCAGCGGCAGCAGCUCAGCCUCCACCUGGUUCCACGGCUCCAUCUGCAUCUGCCUCUAAUCGUAGACCUGGAAAAAACAGUCGCAAACUCCUCCCGAUCAAGAUCCGCAGGAUUAAAUCAGAAAAGCUGCGCUCCAAAAAUGCUGAUGUACCCCAACCGGCAGCUGGAAUAAGUAUAGAACCACUUACCCCGCCACCGCAGUAUGAAGAUAAAGUGCCUCCGCUUUAAGACCAGGCUGAACAUGGACCAAACAAUCUGGAGAAAUUCCUGGAAGUUUCCAUUAUCACUUUUUUCGUGGAUUUGCCUUUUUAAGCCAAGCCUUGGAGGCUGGAUCGUAUGGCAGAAUGUUCUUGGUGGCACUUUUCAUAAAACAUAGUAUCUGUUUAAACUCCUUAUUUGUGCCGCAUCACUCCAAAGCACUGAACAGAAGAUUAUUUUUAUACAUUUUGGAUUUCCCUGGAUCUCCAAAGUGGAAAUGGACUGAUAAUGACGGGCAAGGUGUUUCAUAUUUCUGUGUUGUUGCCACUUUGCGGCACGUUGGAUUGACAGCACAUAAGUCAAAGUACUGGCUCUACUGCAUUAUCUAUGCACAUGACUUGAUGAUGAAAGGCUUGAGGUGACAGUUUGUCUUCAGCAGGACAGUCAUCGUUGGUUCAGGACCUGCCGUCGAGGCCCUGUUUUCACCAUGUGAUUUACUACUGCCAGCAAUUUACCCAAUGUACGCUAUGCAUUCAACCGACUGUUGACACAAAUGUCUCUUCCUGUCUUAGCAGUAAGUCUUCAUGGUGUGAGUUCAACAAAUCUCCAUCCUCCUACAAAGCAGAGCUUUGCCUCACUUUCAUCUUGUGGUUUACAGUGUAAUUGAAAGUGUGGUUCAUCUUCCUGAAGAGCUGAUCUAUAAUAAUAGGGUUUUUGCCUGAAGCCUGAAACUAGGUGUGUAUCCUACUGUACUGGAAAGCAGCGUUUUUGAGCUAUGGGGAUCGACAUUUAUACUAACAAAAUAAUAGUUUUCUAUCAUAACAAGGGGUGUUGUCUGCAGAAUGGGUAACCAGAGUCAGAUUUUAUAAAGCUCAUUUAUGGAAAUUAUCUAGCCAUGGCUAUUGGAGCAGUAGAUUUAAAAGACACUGCGACUCAUGAUAAAUUAUGAUUCUAAGGUGCAUUGACUUUCGGUUUUUUGCCAGGACAUAGUCACUUUCUAAUUGCUUUUUUAAGCAAGUUUUGUACAGGGGACAGACGCACAGAAACACAUACAUAAGGCCCUGGAGCCAGUAUUCAGAUUACUGUAGAAACACUGUCAGCGCAACAUGGCGGACUCCAUGAAAGAGUCCCCCUCCUUCUAGAGUCACAAGUGGGUCAUUAUAAGACAACAAAAACACACCAAAUCUUAUUUUCAGAUAAUUACACACUAAUGGAAACAUUAUUAUGGGCAUUUUGUGCCAAUAUAUCCCCUAUCCAACAGAUACUACCUAUUGCAUUUGAAUGAAAUUAGUCAUAGCUCACAAGUUAGCAAUUGGUUAGAGACUUAGCAUGUCACUCAACUUUUGUGUAACAUGCGCGUUAAGUGAAUAAUUUGGUUAUGUGGCGCUGAUAUAUUCUUGCGUAGAGAUGGAUGAUUGUAAUCAUGUCCGUGCAUUGGAUACAUCUAAUCCAAACUAAACUAAUGCUACAUCUGAAGCACCAUUAGCCUAGUUAGCUUAGCAUAAAGACUGGAAGUAAAGGCGACAAAACUAGCAAGGCUCCGUAUGACAAGCACACCUACACAGUAAGACAGAUCACAGCAGACAUUUUAGCUACUUAAGACAAUACACAUGAUUUGCUUGUUAAGUCAUGAAGUCAUUUAUUGUUUCUGGGUCCUUUUUGUUUGUUAGCUAAUUAGUUACAAUUCUUAAGCAACUGAGAAAAAACUUUGGCGCUAGCUAAUGCUUACGCGUUAGCUGGCUAAUAUUAGUUCCUUCUACAUCUGCCAAACUAGAUCUUUAUUGAUUCUCCUGAUAUUGAAUAAGGCUUUUAUAAGGUAUUGCACAUUGUCAUAAUUUGUAUUUCAUUUCUAUCUGUGCUGUACAGUUCAGGGUAAGGUAAAUAAAAUAACGUUAACACACAACCGAACAUAAAGUGAGCAUUCAAAGCUGUAAACUGACCAUAAGCUUUAUCAGUAUUUAAAACUCUUAAACACAAUAUUGACUAUUUGGAUCCAGAAAUGUAUUUUACAGCAGCAUGAGAUCAGACAGAACACGCAAAUUAUUAAUGAUGACUGUUUCCAUUUGGUUUCAUCAGUUUCAUUUAUCAGUAAUUGUACUUUUUGGUUCAGUUGACACCGAAAUGAAACCAAGCCAUCAUUAAUUGUAUGUGUAACCUUUCUUACUGAAAACAAACUAAAAUGUCUGCUGUGAAAAUGGUUUGUUAACUCUUGGUUCUAAAAGUUAACGCAGUUGUUAUGCAGUAUUUAUCAUUUCAUUUAUAUAAUAUUUAUAUUUUUCCAUAGAAUUAACUAUUCUUUUAAACAAACAAUAACUAAUGCUAGGUUUAGCGGUAGCGAGAUCUCUGUAAUGUUUGAUUACUUGUCUGUGAGUUACAAGUCUUUCAUUCUUGGUAAAAAGUGAUUUUCCAGGAAUGAGCUCAUUUCAUGGCGGCCAUUUUCUUCUGAUAUCACAUUGAGGCUUGGAAGCUGAAAUGCUAAAUGAUAUUUUUAUACAUCUGUGUUGAAUAUUUAAAUGUAGAAAAUCUGACAAAUCACAUCACUAGAUACUGAAAAUUGGAUUGAUAUCAGGCAAAACAUCAAACCAAAAUCCCAAAUUAAAAUAACAGUUGAUACCACAUUAGGCAGUAAAGUUAGCAUCAACCAACUUCUUGGUUAAUAUUACUGUGACUGUCGCAUGUCACGGAGGAAAAUAUGUAAAUUAAUUCUGAAAUAUAUAAUUAUCUUACUUUAUUCUCCUCUGGCCAAGUGCUUGAAACACACUGUUCAGAAUUACUUUACACUUCACUUCCUACUGUGUCAUGUAAGCUAACACUAAUAGCAGAUAAUAUUAGCGAAGGAGUAGCUAGAUGUUAGCAUUAGCACUCACCCAACUUCUUGGCUAAUAUUACUGACGCUGUUGCAUGUCACAGAAGAAAAUAUGUAAAUUAAUUCUGAAAUGUAUAACUAUCUUGUUGUUUUCUCAUCUGGCCAAGUGCUUGAAACACACUUUUCAGAAUUAGUUUCUACUUCAUUUCCUACUGUAUCAUGUAAGCUAACAUUAGCUGCUAAUGUUAGUGAAGGAGUGGUUGGUAACAUAAACUUCUUGGUUUAUAUUACUGAGACUGUUGCAUGUCACAGAAGAAGAUAUGUAAAUUAAUCCUGAACUGUAUAACUAUCUUAUUUUCUCAUCUGGCCAAGUGCUUGAAACACACUUUUCAGAAUUAGUUUACAUUUCAUUUCCUACUGUAUCAUGUAAGCUAACAUUAGCUGCUAAUGUUAGUGAAGGAGUGGUUGGUAACAUAAACUUCUUGGUUAAUAUUACUGUGACUGUCUCAUGUCACCGAGGAAAAUAUGUAAAUUAAUUCUGAAAUAUAUAAUUAUCUUACUUUAUUCUCCUCUGGCCAAGUGCUUGAAACACACUGUUCAGAAUUACUUUACACUUCACUUCCUACUGUGUCAUGUAAGCUAACACUAAUAGCAGAUAAUAUUAGCGAAGGAGUAGCUAGAUGUUAGCAUUAGCACUCACCCAACUUCUUGGCUAAUAUUACUGACACUGUUGCAUGUCACAGAAGAUUAUAUGUAAAUUAAUUCUGAAAUGUAUAACUAUCUUGUUGUUUUCUCAUCUGGCCAAGUGCUUUAAAUGCAAUUUUCAGAAUUAGUUUCCACUUCAUUUCCUACUGUAUCAUGUAAGCUAGCAUUAGCGGCUAAUGUUAGUGAAGGAGUGGUUGGUAACAUAAACUUGGUUUAUAUUACUGUGACUUUUACAUGUCACAGAAGAAAAUACGUAAAUUAAUUCUGAAAUGUAUAACUAUCUUGUUGUUUUCUCAUCUGGCCAAGUGCUUGAAACACACUUUUCAGAAUUAGUUUACAUUUCAUUUCCUACUGUAUCAUGUAAGCUAACAUUAGCUGCUAAUGUUACUGAAGGAGUGGUUGGUAACAAACUUCUUGGUUUAUAUUAGUGUGAAUGUUGCAUGUCACAGAAGAAAAUAUGUUAAUUAAUUCUGAAAUGUAUAACUGUCUUGUUGUUUUCUCAUCUGGCCAAGUGCUUGAAAUGCAAUUUUCAGAACUGGUUACCCUUCAUUUCCUACUGUGUCAUGUAAGCUAACAUUAGCUGAUAAUGAUAGCGAAGGAGUGGUUGACUGCCAAUGCUAACAGUAAGUUAAAAUAUGUUGUUUUACUCUGAUAUAGUUCAAUAUCUUUCCAGAUUUUUUUCUUUUUCAUUAUCUUUUCAGUAUAAUAUUAGUAGGUAAUCACUGAAUCGAUCAUUUCUCAGCUCCACAUGUACACAGCAGUAUGAGAUUAGCCUUUUGCUAGCGAUAUAUUGAGCAUGACAUCAGGGGAAAAUGGCUGCUGUGCUAAGUGUUAAACAUUCCUCUUAAAUAAGCUGGAACGUUUGGUAUACUUAAGGUUAAAAUACUACAGUACUGUGCUUCCUGGAGGAUUUCAAAGUAGAUUUGCACGACUGAACAUGAACUCUGAUGUCACUCUGUUAAUGCAGUGUUUUGUUUUCGCCUGACAGUGGAGUAGAGAAGGAGCGAAUGCUAAGGCAUGAGGAAGGAAUGAAUAGUCGGAGGCAUUUGCCCUGCAGCCGUGGUGAACAGUCAGACUGUGAUGGCAGCAGUGUGGUCUGUGAUCAACACAAGGACUCUUUGACUGUGCAGCUGGGCCAUAGCUGUAAACAUUACUCACUCACUUGCUCAUCACUAUUCCUCCAAUCCCAGCUUUACUUUCAGAGUGUUUUUACCUUAGAAAUAUGCACAGAAUGAGCUGAAAGGAAGAAAAAAAGUCAAGCGUUUUAUUCAAGAAAAUGACUUGUAUUCCUGUUUCCCUAUUUCCCAGAAACUCCUCUUUUUCCCUGAUUCAUUCAGUCAUUCUUUUUGAUACUUUCUGGAUUUUUUUGCACAAAAAUAAAUAAUUGAUGUCAUAAUAUAUUGUUAGGUUUUUCUGUCAAGUGAAAGGCAAUAAGAAUACUGAGACACUUCAGGUUUUUUGACUUAACCGUGCAUGAUCUAUGUCCACAUUUUUGGUUACACGCAUUGUAUUAAUUCUAUUAUUUCUGUCAUGUACAGUACUGCAGACAUAGUCCUUGUACCUCAUUUGCAAAGAAACCAAACUAAAUGUUUGAUUUUUAUAGCAAGUUUUACAUUAGUAUUAUGAUUAAGAAGUCACUUUUUGUUUUCUUUAGAUUAACUCUCGAAAUACAUGCUGUUUUCUGUCUUGUUUCAUUUAUUAUUGCUUUUUUUUAUGACCUAAAUCUGACUUUUUAUACGUUAUGUACUGUGAAAAUAUACUUUUCUAUCUAUGAUGAUUUUGAUUUGUUUGUGUAAAAUGUGUUGUCAUUUCCUGAAGAGUGGGAAAAAAAAUUCAUCUCACUAAGAUUUUAUGAGAAAUAAAAGAACAUUUUUGCUAAUU